AUUUGGGAUUUUGCCACUUAGAAAAUAACCAAAGUAUUUUCUUUUUCUAAUUUAGGCCAGUGAUGACCUUGAACAUGAAAACAACAAAAAGGGCCUGGUCACUGUAGAAGAUGAACAGGCGUGGAUGGCAUCUUAUAAAUAUGUAGGUGCUACCACUAAUAUCCACCCGUAUUUGUCCACAAUGAUCAACUACGCACAGCCCGUAAAGUUUCAAGGUUUCCAUGUGGCUGAAGAACGCAACAUUCAUUACAACAUGUCUUCUUUUAAUGAAUCGGUGGGUCUUGGCUACUUGAAGACACAUGCGAUUGAAUUUGUAAAUUAUAACAAACGGCAAAUGAGUCGCAUUUACCCCAAGGGAGGCCGAGUAGAUUCCAGUAAUUACAUGCCUCAGAUUUUCUGGAACGCUGGCUGCCAGAUGGUUUCACUGAACUAUCAAACCCCAG